UUCAAUAUUAGCCAUUGAAGUUUUAUUUUAUAAUUAUUGGACGCAUUUAAAUAUCUUUCAAACUUUGUCAUGGCUGACUGGGCUAAGUAUUGUAGCAUUUAUUACUGGACAAAAGGCUCUUAGCGAUGUUCAAAAAUGGAGAUUGUUAGG